GUGAAAGCGAGGUCUCCAACAGAAACAAACAUGGUGGCGAAUAUUUUGACAAGCUGAUAAUGAUCAACAAGUAUUUCAUGGGAUUAAGUGCUUUUUGAAUGAAAGUCAAUGCCAAUAUUUGCCUUAUAUUCCAGAUGAUGGCAUCUUUAACAGCACAAGAUCAGAGGAUCCCUUACAGUCCCCAUAUGAAUGGGCCAUAUAGCAAUGGGCCAGUGCAGGGAGGGGGGUAUGUGAACAGUGGCAAUGGAAGAAACUUGACAUUCAGGAAGAGGUUUGAGAGGGUGGAUUGGAGGAGAGUUGCUGCCCUGGAUGUGGACAGAAUUUCAAGAGAGCUGGACUUCACUGCCCUUCAGGAAAACAUCAUGAACAUCACAUUCUGUAAUAUAGAGUCUGAGGUGGAUAUCCGUUUGAUAGAUGCCAAUUUCAUCAAGCUUUUCAAACUUGCCCAGCUAACAAUAGAGUACUUAUUGCAUUCACAAGAUUAUCUUUCUGAUUGUGUGGCAACUCUUGAAGAAAAACUGCGCAAAGCCGUAGAGGAACACGAUGAGACCAAAAAGGAGGUGGAGAAGCAGAAGAAGGAGCUGGUGGAGGUGAAGAAAGAAAGUCACAAGAGGAAGAAGCUACUGGCUGCCCAGCAACAGAUGCUGCAGUCAGGAGCAGGCAGCUAUAAUAAGUGCCCAUACUGUGUGAAGGCCUUCAUCAACCCAACCUUCCUCCAGUCUCACCUGUACAGGAAACACACUGAGCAGGUCAGCCAGUUUGGUCUGUCACAACCAGCACAACCUCAACCACAGCAAUAUCUGUCUCAACAAACGCAAUCAGCACAAUUGGCUCAGCAGCAGAAUCUCACCAAUGGGGUGCUGGAGAGAGAACUGAGUGAGAUCAGGGAGAGGCUGAGACUGACUGAAUCUCAGCUUCAGGAGGAGAGAAAUGCUCUGAAAGGAUUCUCAGUAAAGGAGAAAGAAGAAUGGGAACAUAGAGAGAGGCAGCACCAGCAGGAGUUACAGUCUCUGAGAGAGGAACUGGAGACUGACUACAAGAACAGGAUGGACAACAUGCAGGCAGAGUUCAUGGCUGAACUGAAAGCCACGCAUAAAGAGCUGGAGAAAUCCAGGCUUGAUGCUUCCCAGCGUAGCAAACCUUCCAAUCUUGGGACAAUGUACGAUGAGGAAGAGAUAGAAAAUCUGAGGAAGGAGUUACGAGAGAAUGAGGCAAAACGAGAGGAGGAGCAAUCCAGAGAGAUGAAGCAGGCCCAGAAGGAGAAGGACAGACUUCUCAAACAGAGAGAGAAGGAAAUCCAGAGACAGCAGCAGGAAAUAGAGCAGCUGGCCAGUAGACCUCCCACUGUUGCCCCCAGAAAGCCCCCAGCUGGAGAGCGUGCAGGGAGCCCCUCUAAGAGCCCCAGUAAGAGAGCACCUGUACCACAAAUAAUGGAGACACCUGCCACUGAGGAGGAAGAAGAGGAGGAGGAGACGGAGACAGAAGAGAGCUCAGAUCUGAAAGUGUCAGACUUGGGAGCCAGCAGUAAGGACACACUGGGCAGCACCAGUGGUGACCUCACUAUGACCGGCACCAGUCUGAAGCGGCUGAAGAGAGAGCUGGUGAAGAAUCCCGCCAUCUUGGGGCCGAUGAAAGAAGAGUUGAGACAUCUGCUGGAUGAGGAGCUGGAAAAGAGGGGCAUAUCACCUAAUGCCCAAGGUAUUAGUAAUGCUCAGUAUAACAGCAAGAUGGGAAUGCUGAAAAAUGAAAGGCAGCAAAAAGCAAAGAAAUACCCUACUUUCUAUGACAUAAGGCAGCAGUAUAUUAACAAGGUGGAUGACAUGGCCAAAGAGAGGCUGAGAGGGGGAAGGAAAGGAGCCAAAUCUGGAGGCGACAAUGCCAGCCCUGUGAAGCGUCCAGCAGAGCCAGUUUAUGCCACACCAAUACCAAAGAAAAGCCGCGGGGGCUCUAAAGCCACUCCACAGACACAACAACAACAACAGCCGAGGCAUCAGGCCAGUAUGAGCAGCAAGCAGCCCCCUAAACCAGCCCCCAGGACCCCCAGUCCUACCAAACCCUCCCUGAAUGCCUCCAAUACUCUGUCUUCCACUGGGUCCCAGCAGGCCGCUAGCAGCAAGUGGGACUCUGACGAAAUCUCAGAGGAUGAAGAGUCAGAGGAGGAGGAUGAAGAUGAGGACAUUAAGCCUAGUCAGAGGCCAAUAGGAGGUCAAGGUCAGGUCAAAGGUCAGCAAGUCCCUCCCCCUGUCCCUGCCAGGGAGCCUGAAGUGAUAGAUGAGGAUGAUGACUGGGACUCUGAUGAAAUCAGUGACCUGGAUGAGAUCAGCCCCAGCCAUGUGAGGGGGACACUGGCCAAGACAGGCAGCUCCCCAGCCAAGACAGGCCAAGCCCCACAGCCCAAGGGCAGUAUAGUGGCCAACCUAGCCAGGUCCAUAGAGUCACAGCUGUCUGGGCGUAAGGCAAAGAAGCCGGCCGGUGCUGUGGAUCUUAAUGUAAGUGGUGGUGGUGUCACUGGUGGUGGUGGUGGUGGUGGUGGUAAUGAACUAGAGGUGCCCACAGCGCGAGAUGUCAGCAGUCCUGUAACGCCAGAUAUACCACAGAUGGAGGAUGGAGAGGAGAGUGGGGAUACAUUUUCUAUCUCUUCCUCACUGGGAGAGUCGCCGCAGGAAACUAAAGCCAAACAAAAAAAACCUGGCAAACUGAGCACUCAUGGAGAUACUGACUUCUCAACCAACACAUAUGGAACCAGUGUUUGGGGCGGCUCUUCUUCAAAAGCUGCUAGCACAGUGAACCCAGGGGGGACAGGAAAGAGCUCACUGGUCAGUGUCACAGACUGGGAUGAUGACGAUGAUGAACUUGGCCUGGAUGACCUCUGACCUUCAUGCAGUUGACCCUUGACCUUCAUGCACAUGACCUCUGACCUUCAUAUGGUCGACCCUUGACCUUCAUGCAGCCAAAUUCUGAUUUUGAAGAGAUCCAAAUGAAUGACUUCUUAUAAGUGGCUAAAUACUAUUUGACCACUAAAUGGACAUUUUGGAUCAAAAGAGGCCAAGUCUGUGAGGUUAGGGAUUUUACUGCACCAAAUGUCAGUUUAAUUGAAGCUGUGCCAACGAAAUUUUGUAAAUCGUGGAAACUGCUGAGACUGAAGGGCAAAGUUAAAGUUUCUGUAAAUCUUAGAAAGCUUUAGCCUUUCUUUAGCAAAGUGCUGUAAGUAUGUUUUACUAUACAUGUGAAGAUACGCAGACCCAUCAAGUCUCGUCUUUGAGGGGACAUCACUGUUUGCUUGAAUAAAAAAGGGCCUCUCUUUCAACUUUUAAUAAUAAGAUUUGCUGUGGGAAGGAAAUCUGUGUAAUAUGUAAGGGUUUGGGGAAUAUCUGUUCUCGUGUUUUGGUAAACUGAUUCUUAGUUGGCUGUUCUUAAUGAAUAUUAUGCCAGAUGCUAUAAUUUAAAAUAAUGUCCUGUUGCUGUGAAAUAUGACCAGAAAACCAGACACGGGGAUUUCACCAGGAGUUGACGAGUAAUGUAAAUAAAGUGGCACUUUAGAGGUUAAUUUAUUUUAUAAGUUCUAAGAAACAUAUGCAGCUGUAGAGAGCAUAAUUCUAACAAACAUACUGCUUGCUGAUUGGUGAGUUCUAGUUGCUGUGUUCAUCAGUGUAAUUUUUAUGUUGAGAUGCAUAAAUGUGCAAUCUGCAUUUAGGUAGAGGG